GUUAAAUUGCCGCUUAAUAUGAUGUCAAGAAAUAAUUUGGAGGCAUCUAGCUGUAAAAUGACAGAGCCAUUUAAUUUUGAGAAAAAUGAAACCAAGCUUCCACCGCAUGAGUCUUUAAGAAGUCCCGGAGGACAUCCUAACCAUCCUAAUUUCAGGUUGAAAAGCCCAGAGAAUGGAAAUAAAAACAAAAAUUUUUUGCUUUGUGAGCAAACCAAACAGUAUCUGGCUAGUCAGGAAGACAAUUCAGUAUCUUCAAACUCAAACGGUAUUAGUGGAGAAGUGGCUGGAUCCAAUGGAGACAGGAAGAUGCUGCCAGCAGGUAACUCUGUGUCACCAUUAAAUGUUGGAAAUAAUUCACCACCCAAAGAAGUAAAUAGUAAGACUAGCAAUAAUGUGUCUCCUGCAAAAUCAAAAAAAGUACACAAGUUGGUUGAGAGUUCCUUGUCCAUAAAUAAUCCAGCACUCUUCAGCUCAUUAGGACCGCCUCUUCGGUCGACAACUUGCCAUUGCUGCGGUCUGUUUGGGUCGCUGAGGUGCUCACAGUGUAAGCAGACGUACUACUGCUCUGCCGCGUGCCAGAGAAGGGACUGGGCAGCCCACAGCAUGGUGUGCAGACCCGUUCAGCAGAAUUUCCACAAACUUGAAGAUAAUAAAUCACCUUUUGAAACAAAGAACAUGGAAGUGAAAAAAGAGAGUGACUGUCCUCUUGGAGUUAUUAAAGAAAUAGCCAUUUGUGCUGAUAAAAUAAUGUUUUCUGAUUUGAGAAACCUACAACUCAGGAACACCAUGGAAAUAAAGGGUACAGUUACUGAAUUCAAACACCCAGGUGACUUUUAUGUGCAGUUACAUUCUUCAGAAGUUUUAGAAUACGUGAACCAACUCUCUGUGAGCUUAAAGGAAACAUAUGCAAAUAAGGCACAUGAAGAAGAUUAUAUUCCUGUAAAGGGGGAAGUUUGUGUUGCCAAGUACACUGUCGAUCAGACCUGGAACAGAGUAAUAAUACAAGACGUUGAUGUGCUGCAGAAGAAGGCACAAGUCUUAUAUAUUGAUUAUGGAAAUGAAGAAAUUAUUCCAGUAAACAGAAUUCACCAACUAAACAGAAAAAUUGACUUGUUUCCUCCUUGUGCCAUAAAAUGCUUUGUGGCCAAUGUUAUCCCAGCUGAGGGGAAUUGGAGCGAUGAUUGUAUCAAAACUAUUAAAUCACUGUUAAUGGAGCAGUACUGCUCUGUAAAGAUUGUGGACAUCUUAAAAGAGGAAGUGGUUUCCUUUGCUGUGGAUGUUAUGCUGACAAGUUCAGGAAAAUUCUUAGACCAUGUGCUCAUAGAAAUGGGAUAUGGCUUGAAACCCAAGGGACAAAAUUCUAAGAAGCAAAGUGCAGAUUCAAGUGAUCUUGAAGAUGUCAGGAAAAUCAUAGCUGAAAACAAAAUUGUUGUAGACAGAAGGGACCUAAUCCCCAAAGUGUUGACUUUGAAUGUAGGUGAUGAGUUUUGCGGUGUGGUCGCCCACAUUCAGACUCCAGAAGACUUCUUUUGUCAACAGCUACAAAGUGGGCAUAAGCUCGCUGAACUUCAGGCGUCACUUAGCGAGUACUGCAGUCAGGUGUCCCCACGCUCUGAUUUUUAUCCAACCAUUGGUGAUAUCUGCUGUGCGCAGUUCUCUGGAGUAAAGCCAUCAUCAGGAAUUUGGACUCCAGAAGCUCUUUGUCUGAUGAGAAAAAUUGUGCAGAACAAAAUGAUCACGGUGAUAGUGGUGGACAAGUUGGAAAACAGUUCCCUGGUGGAACUUAUGGAUAGGUCUGUGAUGCCCCACAUCAGUGUCACCAAAGCGCUCAUCGAUGCAGGCUUUGCCGUGGGGGACAAGGGGGUAGUGACAGAUAAGCCCAGUGACAUGAAAGAAGCCAGUGUUCCCUCGGGUGUAGAAGCAGAAAUCAGUCUGUUGGAGUGGACAUGGGUUGAACUUGCUGUUGAUCAGACAGUAGAUGUUGUGGUCUGUAUGAUGUAUAGUCCUGGAGAAUUUUACUGCCAUGUGCUUAAAGAGGAUGCUCUAAAGAAACUCAGUGACUUGAACAAAUUGGUAGCAGAAUAUUGCCAGCAGAAGUUGCCUAAUAAUUUUAAGGCAGAAGUAGGGCAACCUUGUUGUGCUUUUUUUAUAGAUAUACAGCCUAGAAACAAACACUGGACCAGAGAAGCCAUAGCAAGAUUUCAGACGUGUGUCACAGGGAUAAAACUCCAAGCCCGAGUGGUUGAAAUCACUGAAAAUGGAGUGGGAAUUGAACUCACCGAUCUUUCCACUUCUUAUCCCAGGAUAAUUACUGAUGUUCUGAUUGAGGAACAUCUGGUUUUAAAAGCUAGUUCACCAUGUAAAGACUUAGUGACAAACAGUCCUGUUAAUAAACAUGGUCUUCAGAUUGAUGCCCCAUGGCUUCAAGCCACCUUUUCAGCUGAGCAGUGGAGGACAAUAGAAUUGCCAGUUAAUAAAACUGUACAGGCAAACAUAUUAGAAAUCAUAAACCCAAACUUGUUUUAUGCUCUACCAAAUGAAAUGCCAGAAGAUCAGGAAAAACUGUGUGUAUUGACAGGCGAAUUGUUAGAAUAUUGCAGUGCUCAGAAAAGUCGAUUGGCCUAUAGACCAAAAAUUGGAGAUGCGUGCUGUGCCAGAUACACAGGUGAUGAUUUCUGGUACCGUGCCAUUGUUCUGGGGACAUCAGCUGCUGAUGUGAAAGUGCUCUAUGCAGACUAUGGAAACAUUGAAACUCUGCCUCUUUGCAGAGUGCAGCCAAUCUCUGCCAGCCACCUGGAGCUUCCUUUCCAAAUUAUUAAAUGUUCCCUUGAAGGACCAGUGGAAUUGAAUGGAAGCUGUUCUCAGUUAAUAAUAGAGCUACUGAAAAAUUUCAUGUUGCAUCAGAAUGUAAUGCUUUCUGUGAAAGGAUUUGUCAAGAAUGUCCACACAGUGUCAGUUGAGAAGUGUUCUGAGAAUGGUACUAUCAGUUUGGCUGAUAAGCUGGUGAUGUAUGGUCUGGCGAAAAAGAUCACAUCUAAAAAGCAAAGUGCUUUAAAUAAAGAAAAGGUGAACAGGAUGAAUUGCUGCUGCACAGAGCUACAGAAACAAGUUGAAAAACAUGAACAGAUUCUUCUCUUCCUCUUAAACAAUCCAACCAAUCAAAACAAAUUUAUUGAAAUGAAAAAAUGGUUAAAAAGUUAAAAACACUCUCUCUUGAAGAUCAACACUUAACGAGAAAGGAGAUAGCGAAGGCUGGACUUAGGAGAGAAAGUACAGCAUCUUGUGUCUUUGUUUCUUGGAAACUUUUUCUUUAAUGACAUUUUAUGCCUUAAUUUUGUUUGCUUACCACUCUUCUGUCUAGGUUGGGUAGUUUUAUUUUUUUCCCUCGAAGUUCUUCUCCCCAAAUAAGUCUUGCAUAAAAGAUUCAUACCAAGUGCGUGGGCAUAUGGGAAGGGAUACAUAGGGGCUGUCUAGUGUACAUAUAACUUUUUAUUACUUAAAGAUACUGAAGAAGGGGGGCUUCCCUGGUGGCACAGUGGUUGAGAGUCUGCCUGCCAAUGCAGGGGACACGGGUUCGAGCCCUGGUCUGGGAGGAUCCCACAUGCCGCGGAGCAACUGGGCCCGUGAGCCACAAUUACUGAGCCUGCGCGUCUGGAGCCUGUGCUCCACAACAAGAGAGGCCGCGAUAAUGAGAGGCCCGCGCACCGCGAUGAAGAGUGGCCCCCACUUGCUGCAACUAGAGAAAGCCCUCGCAGAGAAACGAAGAACCAACACAGCCAUAAAUAAAUAAAUUAAAAAAAAAAAAAAAAAAAAGAUACUGAAGAAAAUAUGGCUCUGGGUUAAUACUGGAUCAAUUUAGUUGAUAGACACAUGAGUUUUAUUCUUUGGAUUUUUCUGUAUGUUUGAUAUAAUUCAUAGUAAAAUAUGCCCUGCUCUCCCUGUCACAAUCUGCCUCUUGCACAUAAUAAAUGUUCUUUGGUUUGUUGUUGCUUGGGUCUCGGCCCUUCU